GUCACGCGCUAGGGUAUAAAAACGACCUUCUCUGUCUCUGCUUUUACUUCCUUUAGUUCUGUCGUCGGUGAGGUCGGACGAUGUAUGCCGGCGGUCGCCUGUUGGCAUUGUUGACAUCCGUGUUAAUCGUGUUCCAGCUCGGCUCUCGGGCUCAUUAUGCCCCCGACGAGGUGACCCGUCUCCCCGGCAUGACGUUCAAACCAAACUACCGUCAGUGGUCGGGACAUGUCCAGGCCAGACCCGGCAAGUUUCUCCAUUACUGGUUUGUGACCUCUCAGAGGGACCCGGUCAGCGAUCCGCUGGUAUUGUGGCUCAAUGGAGGCCCGGGCUGCAGCUCUCUGGAUGGGUUCCUAUCAGAGAACGGACCCUUCCACGUAAGAGACGAUGGCGCCACUUUGUACGAGAACAGUUUCAGCUGGAACAGGGUCGCCAAUGUACUCUAUUUAGAAUCUCCCGCAGGAGUCGGCUACUCUUACUCCAAUGAUGGUGACUACGCCACGGAUGACGAUCAGGUCGCCGAGGACAACUACAGAGCCCUGCAGAGUUUUUUUGCCAAAUUUCCGAGCUUCACUCGGAAUGACUUCUUCAUCUUCGGAGAAAGUUAUGGUGGAAUUUAUGUACCAACCCUCAGCUUGCGCAUUGUUGCAGGAAAUGACAAAAUCAAAUUGAAGGGGUUUGCUGUGGGAAAUGGUCUCAGCAGCUAUGCACUCAAUGACCAGACUUUAAUAUAUUUUGGCUACUACCACGGCCUCUUUGGAGAAGACUUGUGGCUUGAUCUUAACAAUUAUUGCUGCGACGAGCAAAGAUGCGACUUUUCCAACUCUACUUCCCAGAAAUGCCAAAUGCUGGUCAGUGUGGCUUUUAAUAUAGUGUACAAUAGCGGCCUUAAUGAGUACGCCCUUUACUUGAAUUGUGAGGGUCGCGGUGGGUUUCACCCGGCCUACGAGAGGGCCAUGAGUCACCUGUUCAUGAAAUACCGCAAACGCAGCAACGAGCUUUCAGAUGGACGGUCAUUUGUCAUCUCCCUGGGUGAGGUCCCCCCCUGCAUUAAUAGCACUGCACAAGCCAACUGGCUCAACAGGGGUGACGUGAGGAAAGCGUUGCAUGUUCCUGACACGCUGCCACCAUGGGACCUGUGCAGUAACACUGUCGGGGGAGGUUACACCAACCUCUACGCAACGGUGAAGGACGUAUAUCUCAAGUUGCUCUCUUUUGGCCUUCGGGCGCUCGUCUACAACGGGGACACAGACAUGGCCUGCAACUUUCUGGGGGAUCAGUGGUUUGUGGAAGACCUCGGCAUAGAGGCCACUGCGAGGUACCAGCCCUGGCACCUUGAUGACCAGGUCGCAGGUUUCUACCAGCAGUAUGGAAAUGUCACUUUCCUGACAGUUAAAGGUGCAGGUCACAUGGUUCCACAGUGGGCUCCAGGUCCAGCUCUUCACAUGUUCCAGUCCUUCAUCACAAACAGCUCCUACUGAUCCUUGAUGCAUUGUUCAAUAUGCACUCAUUAAACUUUAUUUUUUUGGGGGGCAUUUUGAGGGGAAAAGAGUGUUGGGAGUUCAUUCCAAUCAUUUUACUUGUCCUUCAGAGCACACUGCAGUGUUUGAGCUUCAUCAAAAACAAAAUACCUUUUUCACUCUAUGUUCAGUUUAGGCACAGUGCAAAGAAAAAUGUCUUUCCUUGUCUCAAUGACUCGACUUGAUUGUCUGCUGAAAUUAAUCUAUAACACUGCAAUCGCAGUUUGUACUUGUGACUUGUCAAUGAUGCUGAAGUUGAUUUCAUUAAAACUGUAUUUUUAAUA